AUGACCUCGGAGCACUCGUCUCGUUCAAUGGGCCCCUCGUCGAUUACUCUUCCCCCUCCUCCCGUAUUCUCCUCAUUCUCUCUUCAGGGCUGCACUCCCGACAAAUCCCCUUCCCCACAACAGUUCCACACAGCGCCCUCGUCCCCGCUCUCCCCGCCCGUCCAGUGGUACACGCCCCCGACAACUCCAAGAGACGAGUCCGUGCCCUCCGAACACAAAUCUCUCCCACCACAGCCCGUCGAGCUCCUUCCACCCUCAGCCUCCGUGCGCGUCUCCCAGUCCCCCCUCAGGCACCAAGACUCCGCCCCCGCAGCACCCACACACCCGCCAGAUAUCCAGACCGAUGACGCUUUUCCCAGUGCAAUCGUCGACCUCGCCGCAGACCUGCCGUUCGGAGAGGAGAGCCUCAACACACUCGAAAAGAUCUACCUCUACUCCAGGAGCGAGUCGAGCGUGCACCGCGUGUUUAUAGCACACCAACUACCCACGUUUCUCGACCAAGUCGCUCCUCAAGAGGCCAUUGAAUAUGUCUUGCCCCUUAUCGGCCUUCUCGCCGUUGACGAAGAUGAAGACGUGAAAGAGGCUCUCGCUACCGAGCUCGUGCCAGUCAUCUGGUGGUUCUUUUCGAAUUGUCAAAUUAUUCCAGAUGAUUCAGACUCGAUGCAGACUUUCGCCUCCACGUCCACAACCGCAACGAUCUCGGUGCAGGUUUUCACACCAAUCUUGGCCGCUCUCCUUCUAAGCUCAAAUCCUCUCAUUGUCGGCUCUGCUCGCUUUGCGGUCGUGGAUUUGCUCACGCGAAUGAGGAGAGCCGAUGACCGGGAAUCUGGUGUCGCUACCCCCGAUUUGCCCCAACCCGCGGACCAUGGCAAUCCUGGCUAUGCGAGUAGCAACAUUGACCUCUCUGACGAUGACGAAGCAACCUUCAAGGUCGGCAUGUUCAAACAUGAUGAAAGAGCGCUGUUCCGUCAUGAAAUCCUCCAUUCCGUGGUCAUAGGAAUGGGUCGUCUCGGACUUGAUGUUGAUCCUGACACUCAACCGUCCGACCCUGUUAAUAGGGCUCGGGAAGACGCCGGUGCAGACACUAACAGGAAUCAGCACCUUCGAGUAUCCACCCCACAAGAGGAGCGGCCGCAGUCUCCCCUUCGCACAUCUGUCAAUCCGUACUUCCCAGCGACACCCUCGGAAUCUUCAGAGGAUGCCUCGCGACAGCCACCCACUCGUCCAUUGUCACCCCCUACCUCGCCCAAGGCAACAUCCCCCAAAUCUUGGAACCAUUUCACGGGUCCAUCCCCGCCAUCGCCCCCGCCGAUACCUACACCAUCCCUUGAUCCCGAGCAAGAGCAGCCAGAGGGCGAAGAGAAUGAUGAAGAACAAGCAGCUAUUGGCCAAUUGUCGAGCAUGAGUCUCAUGGCCGCUGUUACUGCGACAGUGUUCCGGCCAGGACUGAUGGCAGAAGACGUCCAAAGAGCCUUUGUAAAAGAAGUUGAACGGGUGGGGAGAGAUUCAGGUCACUUUUACGUUCGGCGGGAAGCGUCGUUGGCCUUGGGCGCACUGGCAAAGGUUGUCCCAGAGGAGCUCGUGGCUUCUGCAUUGCUCCCUCUCUUUGACACGCUUCGAUGGGAUUCUGACUGGCGAGUACGCCAUUCAGCCCUUUUUGCCUUGCCAGCGAUCCUUCCCCGCCUUUCACCUAAUCAACGUCGGACGGUCGCCCUCGAAACGAUCAUGGCAUUGUCCAAGGAUGUCUAUGGCGCAGUACGGUCCAGCGUGUUAGAGUCACUUGGGGAGGUUCUCUAUACAUUUCAUAACGACCCCGGCGGGCCUCCAGAUCAGCUGUUGCAAAUGUUUCUCGGGAGAAAGGAGGAUGUCGACGUACGUCAGGGCAAGACAACUCUCUAUCCGUGGAUGGUCAACCAGCAGCAAGAAGAUGCCACAGAAUCUUUCUAUACCGACCCUGAAAGGCCUCUUAUUUGCGCCUUCAAUUUUCCAGCCGUUGCACUUACUCUUGGUGGUCCCCGGUGGCCUGAACUUCGGGAGGUCUAUCUUGACUUGUCGAAGAAUCCCAACGGUAAAGUUCGCAAAACAUUGGCCGCCAGCUUAGGAGAAAUGGCCAAGAUCGUUGGCAGGGACGCUGCUCAGAAGGAUCUUUUGCCUGUCUGGUGGUCAUCUGUGCGAUUUGAGGACGAGGAAGUCAGGUCGAAGGCUAUCGAAGCUCUGGCGACUUUCUUGCCCAUCUUGUCCGUGGAAGAGCGAGUCAAAGUUAUUGACGGGGUACUAGUUGUAUGGAAGGAGAAUAUUUUCCGUGGUUGGCGGGAAAGAGAAGCUAUUCUCGGACUGGUUGAAACAUUCCUCGAGCUUGGUGGUACGGAUUCCUUCUGUACGGUCAAGUGUCUGUUGGUCAAGGGGCUGGAGGACUCUGUGUCUUCCGUAAGGGAGGCAGCUAUUAGUCGCUUGCCUCGCAUUUGGCAUGCAUUCACGCCCAGCCCGGUUGUUGCCCAAACACUACGACAUGAUUUGGACGCUUUCGCUACCUCGCCGUCCUAUAAGCGAAGGAUAACUUACGUUGGGUGCCUUCACGCCUGCGCAUUGCACAUCGACGCUGGCUUCCCGCCACCCGUCGAUGCCAAUGUCAUCCUGAAGAUGUUGGAGCCUCUUACCGAAGACCCUGUGGUCGACGUUCGCAUUGGCGCGGCCCGCAUACUGAACCUUCUCUAUGGUAUUGCAGUUCCUGCUAUUAGCAAGUCUCACAAACUCAUGUCUUCGUUCUCAGUAAAAGACCACGACUCUUCGCAGUCUCCUGUCCUGACGCGGCUGUCCGAGCGUAUGUCCUCGGACACCUCCCAGGAGGUUCGGUCAUACCUGCCUGAAGUUGGCUUGCCUUCGCACCAGGAAGCGAGUCCGUCAUCAAUGUCAACUUCAUCCACAGGGCUUCAUCGCAAGCGCCACCCUCCGCCAUCGACGUUUUCUCGGCCACCACCAGUUCGCCAGUGGCAGCCAGCACAGAGCGAAGUCAGCUCUCUUAGCUCGCCAAAUGUCAGCUCGUCUAUUCAGCGGGAGAAUCCCGGGCCUGGCAUACAGCCUUCGUUCGGAGAAAGAGAUGGACAAGAAGCCUCGACGGAGCAUCGUGAGAUGCGAAACGGUCCCGUUGAGAUAUCUUUAGCACAAACCUGGGUGGACUCCAACCCAACAACAUUCAUGUCUGUUCAGAGUUGA